CAUCACACCAACCAGCCACAACACAACCAUCGUUCUUGUUCUUCUUAUUACAAAACCAAACACUCAUCAUGAUGCAAGUGGCUUCUCCUCGUACACGGUCGGAUUCACUCACUGAGAAGGUGUUCAGACGAGUCUACAGCAAUUUUAACAUCUCCACGGUCGAAGAUGACUACAUAGUACAUAGUCGUAGAUCAAGUGAUUACGAGAAAGAGAGACUAAGAAAGAAAGGGUUUGAAGAUAAAGAAGAGGUUAUGGAGAUGGAGCAGAUGGGAGCAGAGAGGAUCAAAACUGUUCUUAUUCUCAUGAGUGAUACAGGUGGUGGCCACCGUGCCUCCGCCGAGGCCAUCCGUGACGCUUUCAAGAUCGAGUUCGGAGAUGAUUACCGGAUAAUCAUAAAAGAUGUUUGGAAAGAAUACACUGGCUGGCCAUUGAACGACAUGGAGAGACAGUACAAGUUCAUGGUGAAACAUGUUGGUCUUUGGUCAGUGGCGUUUCAUGGUACCUCUCCCAAAUGGAUCCACAAAAGUUAUCUCAGUGCUCUUGCUGCUUAUUAUGCCAAAGAAAUAGAGACCGGUUUAAUGGAGUACAAACCGGACAUUAUUAUUAGCGUACAUCCUUUGAUGCAACAUAUCCCAUUGUGGGUAAUGAAACGGCAAGAACUUCAAAAGAAAGUCAUUUUUGUGACGGUCAUCACUGAUCUAAAUACUUGUCACCGUACAUGGUUCCAUCAUGGAGUCAGUAGGUGUUAUUGUCCGUCCAAAGAGGUCGCAAAGAGAGCAUUAGUAGACGGCCUUGAUGACUCUCAAAUCCGUGUCUUUGGCUUACCCGUCCGCCCAUCUUUCCCUCGCACUAUUAUCAACAAGGAUGAACUAAGGAGAGAGCUUGAAAUAGACUUACCUUUACCCGCGGUUCUAUUAAUGGGAGGCGGUGAAGGAAUGGGUCCGGUUCAGAAAACUGCUAAAGCCCUUGGAGAUUCUUUAUACAACUCUAAAGAAAGAAAGCCAAUUGGACAAUUGAUUGUCAUAUGCGGCCGGAACAAAGUUCUUGCUUCUACUUUAGCAUCCCAUGAAUGGAAGAUUCCCUUCAAGGUUCGUGGGUUUGAAACACAAAUGGAAAAAUGGAUGGGAGCUUGUGAUUGUAUCAUCACCAAGGCCGGUCCAGGUACUAUCGCGGAAGCAUUAAUAUGCGGUCUCCCAAUUAUCCUCAAUGAUUACAUUCCUGGACAGGAAAAAGGCAAUGUACCGUAUGUUGUGGAUAACGGUGCUGGAGUUUUUACCCGAAGUCCCAAAGAAACUGCAAGAAUUGUGGCCGAUUGGUUCAGCAGCAAUAAAGAUGAAUUAAAAAGUAUGUCGGAGAAUGCUCUUAAGUUGGCACAACCUGAGGCCGUGUUCGACAUCGUCAAGGAUAUCCAUCAUCUAUCUGAGCAACAACAGCAACGCAUUCCAGUCUUUAGUGAUUUUUCCUACUAACUACUUCUUUCUUAGCCUAUAGGUUUUCCUCGUUUCUCAAUAUUGUAUAUACUUUCUAGUGCUUUAUCAUUCUUUGAUUGUUCAUUUUUAACAUUCAUAUAUGUUUGUCCAUCACAUUUGCUAUUGCUUGUUAUGUGCUUUAAUGGAUUUAUGUUUUGAAUA